AUGACCUCCCUCUCCACACGCGCCUUCGGGCCACUGGCCUUGUCCCUGGGGCUGCUCCUGGUGACGGCUACCGCUUUCCCUACCCCAAUACCCCUGGGAGAAGAUUCCAAAGAGGAUGCCAGCUCGCAUAGACCACCACUCUUCUUCCAAAACCAAACCGAAAAACGCAUUAUGUACAUCCUGAACGAAAUCUCAGCACUGAAAGAGGAGAUGUGUAGCAAGAGUAUCAGGUGUGAAAACAGCAAGGAGGCACUAGCAGAAAACAACCUGAACCUUCCACAGUUGACAGAAAAAGAUGGAUGUUUCCAAUCUGGAUUCAACCAGGAGAAUUGCCUGAUGAGAAUCACCACCGGUCUUUUGGAGUUUCAGAUAUACCUGGAGUACGUCCAGGACAAGUUUGAGGGUGAUAAGGGAAAUACCAGAGCUGUGCAGAUCAAUACCAAAGCCCUGAUCCAGAUCCUGAAGGAAAAGUUAAAGAAUCCAGAUGCAGUAACCACCCCUGACCCGACCAUAAAUGCCAGUCUGCUGGCAACGCUGCAGUCGCAGAAUGAGUGGCUGAAGCACACGACAAUUCACCUCAUCCUGCGCAGCCUCACGAAUUUCCUGCAGAUCAGCAUGAGGGCUGUUCGCAUAAUGUAGUGCAGGCAUCCAAAAAUUGUAGUUCACGGGCAUUCCUUCCUCUGGUCAGAAACCUGUCCGCUGGGCACACGACUUAUGUUGUUCUCUAUGAAGAACUAAAAGUAUGAGCGUUAGGACACUAUUUUAUUAUUUUUAACUUAUUGAUAUUUAAAUAUGUGAAGUUGAGUUAAUUUAUACAAGUGAUGGAUAUUUAUAUUUUUAUGACAUGCCACUUGAAAUAUUUUAUGUUUUAGCUCUGAAAUAAUAAUGUAAAAUGGCUAUGCAAUUUGGAUAUCUUCUGUUUCAGAGCCAGAUCAUUUCUUGGAAUGUGUAGGCUUACCU